AUCUUCAUUGACACUCAUCUCAACUCGUAAAGAACAUGGAUGCCAUGAAGGAAGAGGACAUCUAUGACUUUCUACCAGAGCAUUUGACUACAGACAUGAAGGAAGAGGACAUCUAUGACUUUCUACCAGAGCAUUUGUCUGCAGACAUGAAGGGUAGUAGUACUUGGACACUAACAUGCAAAGAAGAACCGUGUUUGUUGCAUGAAAUUAAAGGAGAGAAGUUUCAAGUCAUGGAAUUAAGCGGUCAUGAGAGCACUUCUACAACUCAACCAUCAGCUCCAUCACAGCAGGCAGCAUCUCUGAAGGCGAUUAAAGAAGAGGACAUUUAUGAUUUCCUCCCAGAGUAUUUGUACAGAACUAAGGAGGAAGAGAAUGAAACAGACACAUUGGACAUGAAAGAAGAAGACUUGGACAUGAAAAAGGAACCAGAGUCUUCUCGAAUGGAACACAAUGCACACGUGACUCCAUCAGGUGAACUCCAGGCAGCUCAUAAUAACGCAUACCAACACCAGUGUGCCACAUGUGGGAAAGGAUUUGCAUUGAAGGCAUAUCUCAAAGAACACCAGAGAAUCCAUACUGGAGAAAGGCCUUACCAGUGUGCCACAUGUGGAAAGGGAUUUGCAUUGAAGGCAUAUCUCAAAAAACACCAGAGAUUUCAUACUAGGGAAAGGUCUUACCAGUGUAAUACAUGUGGAAAAGUCUUUACACAGAAAGGUAACCUUAUCACCCAUCAGAAAAGCCAUACUGGGGAAAGGCCUUACCAGUGUGCCACAUGUGGAAAGGGAUUUGCAUUGAAGGCAUAUCUCAAAAAACACCAGAGAUUUCAUACUAGGGAAAGGUCUUACCAGUGUAAUACAUGUGGAAAAGUCUUUAAACAGAAAGGUGACCUCAUCACCCAUCAGAGAAGCCAUACUGGGGAAAGGCCUUACCAGUGUGCCACAUGUGGAAAAGGCUUUACACAGAAAGGUAACAUCAUCAGGCAUCAGAGAAUCCAUACUGGGGAAAGGCCUUACCAGUGUGUCACAUGUGGAAAAGGCUUUACACAGAAAGGUGACCUCGUGACCCAUCAGAGAAUCCAUAAUGGGGAAAAACCAUUUCAGUGUUCAACAUGCGGUACAGCCUUUUCACACAGCAGCUCUUUAUCUAAUCACCAGAGAAUCCAUACUGGGGAAAGGCCCUACCAGUGUGCUACAUGUGGAAAAGGCUUUAACCAGAAAUUUGCCCUCAGCCAGCACCAGAGAAUCCAUACUGGAGAAAAGCCUCACCAGUGUACUACAUGUGGAAAAGACUUUGCCAGGAAAUGUGACCUCAUCAAGCAUCAGAGAAUCCAUACUAGAGAAUAACCAUUUCAGUGCUCAACAUGCGGAGCAGCCUUUUCACGACGCACCUCUUUAGCUGAUCACCAGAGAAUCCAUACAGGGGAAAGGCCAUACCAGUGUGCUACAUGUGGAAGAGUCUUCGUCAGGAAAAGUGACCUCAUCAAGCAUCAGAGAAAAGCCUUACCAGUG